AGAAAUAUCAAUCUUCAAAACAUCAUAGAAUUUAAUAUUGUAUUUGAAGUUUGUUUUCUGUAGUUGGUCGUUGUUGUCAUGUUGUGACAAAUUUCCAUGGAAUUUCUUGGGAUGUUUUUACUUCGUUGAAGUUUAUAUUUGUUUGGUUAUUGUCAGGUUAUUGUUUGGUGUUUUGAUACAAAACGUGGAGGUGAAUUAUGGAUGACCGGACUUUAACAGUUGAAUCAUUAAUAUCCAGGGCGACGAACCCGCGGAACCACGUCACGGACUUUGCGGCGGUGGUGGAGCUGUGCAACCUGCUGCUGAAGGAGCCCCCGUGCUGCCACGCGGCGACGAGGGCGCUCGCCGCCCGCAUUCAGUCGCAGCUCGAGUGGGAGGCGCUGCAGGCCCUCAACCUGCUGGACACGUGCAUGAAGCAGUGCGGCGCCGCCUUCCACGCGGAGGUGGGCAAGUUCCGGUUCCUUAACGAGAUGAUCAAGCUGGUGUCGCCCAAGUACCUGGGCGGCCGCACCCCGCCGCCGGUCAGGCAGCGCGUGCUGGGACUCAUGCUGGCCUGGACCUCCGAGUACCCGCGCGAGCCCAAGAUCAAGGAGGCGUACGACAUGCUCAGGAAGCAGGGCGUCAUCAGGGAGCUUCCCCCUCCCACGGCCGCCAGUGCGGGAGAAGUCCCCACGCCCCCGCCUCCGAGACCUAGGAGCACGAUCUUCGAGGACGAAGAGAAGUCCCGCCUGCUGCAGAGGUUGCUCCAGAGCAAAAACCCAGAAGACUUGCAAGCUGCGAACCGGCUCAUCAAGACUAUGGUUAAAGAGGACGAGCGUCGCGUGGAGAUCAACAGCCGGCGGGUGACGGAGCUGGAGUCGGUGCACAACAACGCGCGGCUGCUCGGCGAGAUGCUGGACAGCUACCGACCCGGCCAGACGCCCGCCGAGGACCUGGAGCUGAUCCGGGAGCUGCACCAGAGCUGCGAGCGGCUGCGGCCGAGCGUGUUCCGGCUGGCGUCCGAGGCCCAGGAGGACGACGCCAUGCUCGGCGAAGUGCUCAACGCGAGCGACGAGCUGACCCAAGUGUUCGAGAAGUACACGGACGUCAUGGUGAAGGGGAAGACCCUGCAGGGGCCGUCUUCGCUCCCCGGUCGCGCCUCCCCCUCCCUGCUGGACCUGAGCACGCCCAGCGAGGAGAAGCUGCCUCCCGUCCCGGAGGCGUUGCUGACCUCGCAGAUGGCCCACCUGGGUCUGGAAAGCACCGCGAGCCAGCCGGCUGGUAAAGUGGGCGUAUCGUCUGCACAGUCGCCGGGCAGGCAGUCCAACUUUGACGCCUUGGGGGAUAUUUUCAACAGCAUCGCCCCCAUCCCUACGGCAGCCACGGCCUCUGUCGAUCUCGUCAGAGCUCAGCCCAUCCUCCAACCCAUUCCUCUUCAGCAGCAAGGGACUGCGAAAGGUGCUAACUCAACCUUGCCCCAGGAAUCGCUUGAGAAGACCAGCAAAUUGAAAGCUCUGGAGGAUCUCGACGCCCUUGGAGAGUCGUUGCUGAAACAGAGUUUACCAGCAUCCUGCAAGACCGGAGUGCAGUUUACGAAAUCCUCGCGAGUGCCCAUGAAUCUCCUGACCAGGGGCCCGGAAGUGACGACGGGGUCCCCGAACUCCUUCGGGCCGCCCCCGGCGACGGCGGCGGGCAAGCGCGAGCCGGCCGCGGCGCUGGACCUGGACUUCCUGGCGGGGGACGGCGGCGGGGGCGGCGGCGGCGGUGGAGGGGCGAAGGGGGGCGGCGCCCCGGACCUCCUGAACGGGGACGACGUCAUGGUGGACCUGUCGGAGGAGGCGGAGCCGAAGUCCGGCGACUCGGCGGUGAACGGCGUGGUUGCCGCGGCCGCUCCUCCCCCGGGCGGCAGGCCGGAGGUGAAGCCCAUCGCGGACCUGUUUGUGCCCCUCGAGUCCAUCAGGCCAGGUGAAGUUCAGCCACUCACUGUGCUGGAAGAAAAAAAUGGCAUCUCUGUGAUUCUGCAUUUUGGCAAAGAGAGGCCAAGGCCUGAUGUUUCCGUGAUAGUUGUUACAACCCUCAGCAAGAAUGCUUCUCGUCUUUCAAACUACUUGUUCCAGGCUGUAGUUCCAAAGAGCUGUAAGCUGCGCCUGCAGCCGCCGUCUGGCUCCGACCUGCCGGCGUUCAACCCGUUCCUCCCGCCAGCGGCCAUCACGCAGGUGAUGCUCAUAGCCAAUCCCAGCAAGGUAGGUGUGAGGUGUGAGGUGCGAGGUGCGAGCAACUGGUGCCGGUCUGUGUCCCUUGUAUCGAAGGACCCGGUCUCGUUGAAGUUCAUCCUGAGCUACACCAUGGAGGACGAGAUGAUGACGGAGAUGGGGGAAGUGGAGAGGCUGCCCCUGGAUGCGUGAGGUCGAUCGAUCGACCGUCCGCGCCCGCCCGCUUGAGCUUCUCUCGCCGGCAGCGGAGCGGCUCCCCGGAGCCGCCGAGAGCCCCCCUGCCCCUGCCUCCUGGCGUCUCGGACAGGGGAGUCCUUUCCCGAGGACUGCCGCGGGGUACAACUGUGCACCGCUUAUCGAUGUCGAGUUACGAACCAUCUUCGCAGAAGGGACUGGAACUUCAGACGGCAUUCGUUCACGCAUGACGGCCAUGGCUUUAUCUGCCGCGUAUGGAAUGCGAGCUAAAAACAAAUAAAUUGUUACUACCUAUGCAGUAUUUGGUUCACGUUCUCAUUCUUUUGACAUGUACCAAACACUUCAGAUGAAUUAGAAAACAAAAGAAAAAAAAUAUUUCGAAGUAAAAUAAUUAACAUGGCUCAUGGAAAAAAAAAAAAGCUCAAAAAUAUUUAAUUGGCUUUUUAAAGGCUGUCAUUUUGUAAAGAAAUCAUCGUAUUAUGAAGAUACUAGUCAAACUGUUGCACUUCAAUAUAAUAUCAUCACUGUAAAAGUUAAGUUUUGGUAACUUUUUUAGUUUGGUAGUGUGGUUCAGAGAGCAUGGUACAGUAUGACAUUCAGUAAACAUGAUUUUGUCUUUUAUUUAAUGGGCCAAGUGGUAAUUAAAAAGUUUUUAAGUUUGGAAUUGUGAUCAAGCAGCUAGAAGUUAGAGGUUUUGAGAUAUAAAGACUCAGGAAUUCAAAAAUGUUUUAUAUUUAUUUUGAAAUGUAUGUAAUCAGCAUUUUUAUUGUUCAUUUUGCUAGCUAUACCCACGGUGACCACAUGUACAAACAUUCAGCUAUGUUAUAGUAGCUAUCAUCUAUGUCAGUGUCUUUACAACCUCUCAAUAUCCUUCUCGUCUACACUGUUACUUUGAUCCCAUGCCAUUAAUAAUUUUGUUUUCUAUUUCAUAAUUAUUAUAAUGAUUAUUAUAUUACUAGAGCUGUAGCAAUUUUGUUUAAAAUAUUUUUAUAAAUUUACUAAAUUACCAAAAAUAACUCAUUCUAAGAAAAACAUGCAAUGCAAAUGCACAUGUAUUUUGGUUUCUAAACGGAAAAUUACAGCUCCUUUUUAAACUCGUAUUUUUAGUUUGUUUUCAUUUGUUUAUUAACUACCCGUUAGUUGCUUAUUGAAACACGAAUUUACUAAUGGAGGCUGGAAAAUUUAAUUAUUUAAUACGUAAUUAUAUAAAAUAGAUUAUUUAAUAAUAGGUAACUAUGAAAUAUAUUGAUUUACUAAAUACAAAUAAAAAAAAAGAAUUUAAAAUGUACAUAAUUGCGAGACUUUGAUAUGUUUGUUUUGUAUAUCACACACAACAAAUAGAUAAUUGAAAGAAAAAGUAAAUGUGAAGUGUAGUGGCUUCUGGGAAAUAAGAUCAAUAAUACUAAAGCGAAAGGUUAGUGACGUUAAGUUAGCUACAAAUACUACAGGUAAAAUUUUGUUUGAAAUAUUCAAAUAAUGGUGUACACGUCAUGUUGGAUAGAUGUUUGGUUGUGUCGUACAUGUAGGCUUGCAUUUUGGAAACUGUUUUAAAUGGCUGAAGGCUAUUUUAUGGACGUGACUGUUUAAAGACGGGAGUAAUUAUUCAUACAAACUUACAGUUUUCAAGCACCAUUUCCUCAAUGUUUUGGGCAUAACAGUUUGGCAAUGGUGAGGUAAGAAAGUGACUUCAACUACGUCACAGCAUGCCUUCUCCUGACAAUUCCUAGCUCUAUUUCUUAAAGUUUAUGGGGAGUUUCAUGUUGUUUAAGUAAGAAUUUUUCCAAAUAUGUCAUUAAUUUAGAAUUAUGUAUACAUAUUUUUUACCUGUGUUUCCUCUAGUAACUGAUAUUUCAUUAAAGUUUGAAUGGUUACUAUGAAAUAAUCGCGCAUCUCUUUAUUCUCUUUUAAUGUAAUAGUUUAUCAUGCAACUCCUUUAAAAUAUACUUAUAUACACACUUGAUUUUAAAAAAUAAGCACGUUCUGAAGUGGUUUGCGGAAAGUAGAAAAUAAGUUUACAUAAAUUCACAAAUUUUCUGAACACUGUUGUUUUCCAAUUCAUCAUUACACAUAAUCACUCUGUAAUUUGUGUUUAGUUCUAAUGUGUGUUUGAUUAAUUAUCUGUGCGAGAAUUGUGAUAACAAUGUGUGAUUGAUGAAUCUCCCAAUUCUUGCACUUUGUCCCUGCGAAAUGUCAGGUUGUCUCUGCAUUGGUAUAAUGACCAGGUAUUUGGUGCUGUGUUUGAAAAUUCACCUAUGUGAUGAGUAUAUAUUAAUUUAUAUUGGUGUUUUGGAGGUGUCUAUGAAAAAUCUCAUGAGAUUAUUUGUCAAGAUGAGUAUAUAAGUACGUGUGCAUUUUCAGUGAUAAACAAAUACUGUGGCUGUGUUGUCGCAAUGUUUCAAUUCGGUUUAUGUUAUUAAGUUAUUUAUUGCCUUAUUUUACUCACUUCUUGUUCAAUUGCCGUUAAUUUUAAAUUGGUCUAAGGAAGAAAAAAAAGUAGAGCAUUUGUUUGUAGCAUGUAAAUUUGUCAUUUGAAUGGUAGUGUCUGGAAAGCAUACCAUUUUAGAAUAAACAUAUUUUCCUCAACAUUUGAAAUUGUGGCAUUUACAGCAUACAUUAAAUCUUUUAAAUACAGAAAUUUAUUUUAUUCAACUUUUAAGAUAAGUAAAGUGCUAUUGAUAUAGAACACCAACCCUGCUGGUGGUGUGAGUUAUAAGUGUGGAUACAAGGGUAAAAAUGCUUAAGCCAGGCAGUUUGUUCUAGAGAAGAUUUCUCACCAUCCUCCUUCAUUUAAAAGAGUAGCAUAUGCACCAUUUUGUGAGUAUACAGCUUGCAACAGCAGCAUACGUUUGUCGCAUGAUGUGACCUGUCUGAUGAGACUAUUUGCAGCUUUAAGUUUUUCUAAAUUGCAUGAGAUUCUCGUGUUACACGGCCGUUGAGAGAAACUAAGGGGCUGGGAGACAAAUAAUUUUUUUGGGCUAAUUAGUUAAUUUACAAUUUUUCAAAACCUUGAAGUUAAAAAAAAAUUAAAAUUUUAAACAUUAGUGACCAUAACUGUAAAUAUUACCUGUGCGUAUUGGAAAACUUGUAGGGUUCCAAUGAACUCUAUUAGCUACUGACUUACAAUUUAUUCCUACUUUCUGGUUGAACUUGUGCCUUUAAAAAAUUUUCGAAACUCAAGCAGGCGCUUCUGGUGUCUGUGCCACAGGGUUUUUUUUUUUUUUUUUUUUUUCAUCCCUGCCCCACUCCCCUUCCUCUCUUUGGACGGCCCUGCUAGCUGCGCAAGCUAAGUCAACGCAACCAGCCGGCUUCAGUCUUCCUCUCGCGUCGAAGCGGUAACACCAGCCGCCCGGCCAGGCAGCUGCAGUGGAAUAAUAUUUAAGGUGGUUUCCUUCAGGCUCGAGUGUUGCCUCACACACAAACAUGUUGCGCACCAGAUCAAACAGAGUUGCGGAAGCCACGGCGAUACGUUGCAGAACGCACAGGGGGUGACGCUGAAAGAGGGCCACGCGUAUCGUCGAAGCAGCGCUGCUUGGCUGCAUCCACAAUGCCAGGGAACGACGAGAGUCAGAGGUGCAAGUCGCUCUGCCUCACUUUCCGUCCAGCGACGCGCCAGCCGGGCUCAACCACAAGCCAGCACGGCUCGAAACAAGUCAGUGGCCGGAAAGCGCUAGACUGAACCGGGGUGAAGUUACUGAUGUCGGGUUGUGUUUUUCCAUAUGUUCUAAAACAACUUUGUGAUAGAUGUUUGUUAAUUUAUUUGUGCUAGCCGGGAUGACUUUCAUCUCUUGUGGGCCUCCUGUUUAGCUAAAAGUGAUUUUAUUUAGUAAAACAAUAAUUAACUUCAUCUGAAGUGUGAUUUGUAUCAUAAAGAAUGGACAUGUGGAUUAAAUGCAAAAUUAGUUAGGAUGCACAAGUAAAUUUUUUUUGUUUUGGCCUCAAACUUUUUUGAAUAUCAAUGAAAUUAACAUUUUAUGAUUUUUGACUUUUUAAGUGUCCAGUGAAUUUUUGUUUAAAUUUUGCAUCAUAAAUAAUGUUUUCUAAGCUUUAUGGUGUAAAAAAAAAUUAAUGUCAUAUGUUUGACCUAAUGCAUGUUAUUGAUUAAUGAAUUGAAAAUUUUUUUUUUCUGCUUUAGUAAUUUGUAACUGUAUAUAAACUUAUCUGUGAUUUAUGAAAUCUGUGUACAUAUUGUAAUUACAAACUGUAUACUUAUUUUUAACUUCACUCUCGUAUCAUUCCCUGUAUUAUAAUAAAACAUGUAUAAAUUAUUUUGUUUGCAUCUACUAAAUUGUUUUUGAUGCAUAUUUUAUAAAGGGUAUUUAUUUUAUCUUAAUGUAGUAUUUGUCUCAUCUCAUUAAGUUAUAAUCCUUUAUUUAUUUUCUUCCUGAAAUAUUGGUUUUAACAUUUAUAACUUAAGUUAUAAAGAUGAACAUAGAGUUUAUGUCAGUUUUUGAGGUAGUGCCGAUGGUGAUUGUACAGUCGGGAUAUUUAAAGAUUAGACGUGUGACUGUAUCGUGGAUCCAUGCGAAUCUUUGGGUGUUUCGGAAAUGCUUCUCUCUUUUCCAUUCCUCGUCGGUGUGAAUUCUGCUGGUGGUAGGGUUUGAUGAGUGACAAGAACAGAGGUGGAUCAAAAGGGGAGGAGAUUGAGUUCUGCGUCUCCUUCCCCUUCAAGCUUAAAUUAAGAGGUGCUCAUGCAUACAUUUAAAUUAUGUUUUAUUAGGUAAUUUUGCUGCAUUUAAUGUUUUAAAGUUAUGUAAAAACUCAACAAAGUUAUAUAUAUAUUUAAAAUAUAAUUGACAAUGGGUGGAUGUAGAAAUUGUAUCUGCCGUCCCCCUUAACACAUGACUGAUCUACGUUUGGACGAGAGCCAAGGAUUAUUUGUUUGAUUUGAGUGUUUAGCCAAGAGAUACAAGCAACUUACUGUUUGUUAAUUUAAAGAAGAAUCAAAUAUCUACAUACGUAUAUGCCUGAUCUUCAAAAUAUGUUUUGAAAUAAAUAUUGAUUUUACAAUCAGGAAAAAGAGCUCAAGUAAGAGUUAUGGGGACCCAGAUAGGUCACUUGAGCUACUUUUCAUCAUGGUUUAGUCAGCAGUCUUAAAUAUUUGAGAUCUCUGUGAAGGCAGUAUAAGAUGAGCUGUUACAACACAUGAAACUCCAAAGCAUGUUGAGUAUGUAACUGUCCAAACCCCUUGUUGAUGUGAAUUGUCUAAAUACUCAAAUUUAUUAAUUUUUUUUAUUUUCAAAUACUCCCCCCAGAAAAAAUGCUUGUAUUCGUAACUGAAAAACAGGUGUUAAAAUUGGUUGUGGUUAUUAGUAGAAGUAUCUUCAAAAGGGGAAACAUCUAGCAUUGGUGUGCCUAACUGUUCCUAUUGCUACUCGAUUGGUCGACUUUGUACGCAAACUUACGGUGGUGGUCAUUAGCUACCCAGCAUUGACCAUGGGACCACACCAGAAAAUACAGAUAGAAAGUUUAGUAAUUUGUGUAGGAGUGCAAACUUGGGGGUGUCUUUGAUCUGUAAUUAUUUACCUUCUUGAUGAACAAAGGGAUUUGUCACAUGAUUUUUUUCAGUCAGCCAUCUAAGGAAUGUGUCAGAAAAGUUAGGUCAGGUGAUGAAAGAAUAUCGCCAUGAAAGUGUUUAGGGGAGGCCAUGUCUUUAGGAUGAGGGUGAGGUGGCAGUAAGCCAUGUCUUGUUACCGUUUGAACAUACGGACUCUUGCGUUCCACUGGGACUCCGAAUUCACAUCUGCGGGUUCCGCAUUGCAACAAGGACUUGUGGUGGAAUGGGAAGUGUUCAACUGUCAACCAUCUCAUGUUUUUAUCUUCAAAAAUUUGCACUUAAUGCACUAAAUUCCAAAUGUGAAGCCGUUAUUCCCUUGUAUUUAAUAUCUGUGUUUUCACUUUAUUUGCAGCCAGUCAGGAAUUUUUUUUAAAUUAAAAAAUUUUUGUCUUUCCUUUGAGAAUAUUUAUGAUUGUAAUGUUAAACUUGGCUAACUGACAUGAUGGAAAAUGUUUUUGUCAGUUUUUAGUUUUAUUUGCCAAUGUAAUGGUGUGUGUCUAGUUAUAUCAACACACUUAUUUAGGUUCCUGCUUUUUUUUUUUUUUUUUUUUUCAGCUAUUGUCUGUUAGUUAUUGAAAAAUGUACUUGUGCUCUCAAGGAGAACUUACCAGCAAGUAAGAAAGAAAUGUGUCUCAUGUUUCUUUGCAUUCCCUGCCUCUGGUCACUUCAUCAGUAUGCGUUGUUUGUUGCAUUUCGUCAGUUCCUGCUAUUUUCAAUGUACUUAAAUCAACUCAGGCUGUUUUUCUAAUCUGUUUCAAACACUGUAGCCUAAAGGUAUGGAGAACAUGAAAUGUAUUUCAUAUGUUAUGAAAAAAUUAACUAACACACAACAUUUUGAUUUGCUGAAAUUUCAUUAGUGUAAUUUUAAUUAAUUUUUUAAAAAAUACAUAUCAGAUAAAUAUGUAGUUGCACAGUAGAAAUUGACUCUUCAGUAAUUUGUUUCCUUUAGCGGCAUUUUGUUUUGCUAAUCAUUUGCACUUUUUCUUCUUUCAAAAAUGUGAUUAUUUCAAAUAUAUUUGUAUGCACAUUGCAUGUAAUGUAUAAAUUGUUGAGAUUGUGUUUGUAACAGUAGAUUACAUUUAUUGUGUUGAAUCUGUAGGUUCAAAAUUUGAAUAAAAAUUGAAGUAGAGUA